ACUGCCCACUGCGUCAAAAAAGCUGCUCAAAAGCUUCCUUUUCAGUAUCAAAAGUUUUAACAGUGUGAGAGUCUGCGAGUCUGCGAGUCUGUGACUGUGAGAAAGAAAGGGCGUGUUUGGUUGGCCAUGGACGCGGAAAGCAACCAGAAAUUACCAGUCUCUAGCUCUUCGCAGAGCCAAGAGAGGCUUAAGAAAGGCCCCAAAAUGACCAGGAAAGGAGCUUAUGCUGCCACUUCCUACAUGGCUUCCGCAGUUCUCUUGAUAAUGUUCAACAAAGCAGCCCUGUCUUCAUACAAUUUCCCAUCUGCAAAUGUCAUCACACUUUUCCAGAUGCUAUCAUCAUGUAUAUUGCUGUACGCAAUGAAAUGUUGGAAGAUUAUUUCUUUCACAACUGAACCACAGAUCACUACAAACAAUCCAGUAACUCUGGUACCAUUUAAGACGUUGGUUCACACUCUUCCUCUUGCAGUAUCCUAUUUGCUUUAUAUGUUGGUAACAAUGGCAUCAGUGCGUGGUAUAAAUGUUCCCAUGUACACCACCCUCAGACGGACUACAGUUGCUUUUACAAUGAUUGUUGAGUAUAUUUUGACAAGGCAGAAACAUUCACAUCCUGUUGUGGGCAGUGUCGGGAUAAUUAUACUUGGUGCAGUUGUUGCCGGAGCUCGGGAUUUGUCAUUUGAUGCCUAUAGUUAUGGUGUUGUUUUUGUUGCAAACAUCUGUACAGCAAUAUAUCUUGCUUCUAUAGCUCAUAUUGGUAAGUCCAGUGGUCUUAGUACCUUUGGCCUAAUGUGGUGCAACGGAAUAAUAUGUGGACCAAUCUUGCUGGUUUGGACCUCAAUCAGUGGUGACCUAGGAAGGAUGAUAAACUUCCCGCAUUUAUUCUCCCAUGGGUUUCAGGCUGUGAUGCUUUUUUCCUGUGUUAUGGCUUUUUCAAUAAAUUAUUGCGUAUUUUGGAAUACAACACUCAAUUCAGCUCUCACGCAGACAAUUUGUGGUAAUUUGAAGGAUCUUUUUACAGUUGGACUUGGCUGGUUACUGUUUGGUGGGCUCCCGUUUGAUUUGUUGAAUGUUGCUGGUCAAUCUCUUGGUUUUCUUGGGUCCUGUUUGUACGCUUAUUGUAAACUCCGAGGGAAAUAAGAAGCAAGCAUGGCUGGCUGGUUGGCUGCACCAAGUCUUUCCUAGUGCUCCAAUGACUGGGAAUGGCUGCCUGCAUCAAAAUUUGAUUUGUAUCCUCAUGAGGAGGUUUCUUAAUAAAAAAUAGAUAUAGUUUAUUUAUUAGCUACUCUCAAAAGAUUAAAAAUUUAUCAAACAUUUGCACAAGUUCUGAUUUCACCUAA